UAAACUAAAGUUUAUAUUUACAUUUACACAAUUUGAUAGGGUUAAAGUGUCAUUUACUUAGUUGAAUCAUUAUGGUAUUUUGGUAAACAGUAUUAAACGUAUUUAUCAACAGGUAUCAAGUAUCAACAUCUCUUUGUUUAAUUUCUGAAAUCAGAAUGAAAUGAUGUCUGAUUUGUCUUUAAAAUACUUUUAUGUAUACAAUGAUUCCUACGGCAAUGUUGAGGGUGAAGAGGAUCAGAAGAUCAUGUAUUACUUUCCACCAAAAGUUAACAUUGACGAGAAAAUGAAAAAUGUUGGUCUUAGUGAAGCAAUAAUUAAAUUUACAGAAACAUUCAACCCAACACAACCGUGCGAGAGUCUUCACACCGAGAAAACUAGGCAUUACUACUACAAUCCCGAGCCAGACUUCUAUCUUGUUAUGGUUGUAAAUGUCCCUACAGAAACUAGUAUAGAGGGUACAAAGUAUCACGGAGAAGAUGUCCAGGAUAGUGUAUGUCUAGCUGUUGUCAGACAGGCUUACCACAUGUACAGACUGUUCCACAACACGCUUACCGACACAUUAGAGUCCAACAGCAGGGAUACCACCCAUCUCAAACAAAAACUGGAGCUGUAUUUUAACACGUAUCUGACGACACUGAACCUACAAAACUGUGAUAUCAUGGAUGUAUUUCAAGGUGUGAAGUUCCUACCACUAGAUAAGCAAACAUUCCUUCACAUUCAGUGUUUUGUCAAUCUACUAGAGGCAACGUUUCCUGUCGUUGAAUUUACCUCGUUCUUCUAUAAUGAUAGUCUAAUAUGGAGUGGUCUGGAACCAGAGGAUAUGCAAGUGGUUUACCGUUAUCUAGUCUCUAGCGUCUUGUCAGAAAAAAUAUUGGAAUCAGACGUUUACAACGGCAUUCUACAAACAACUCCUAUUAGUAGUUAUGGAAGGUUUUUGACGGGCCCAGAGAAUGUCCACAGUAACACCAACAGUGUAGGGAAGGUACCAAAAGUAUUUCUUAGUCAGAUAAAGCCUCUACCAGCUAUGUACCACCUGGUAGUAUACAGGCUGGGCUGUUGCGUCGUCUGUUUGUUUAUACCAGAGUAUGAACAACUGACGAUGGAGAUGUUCCGCAAGUGGGACACGUUUCUCGGCCCCCGACUGACCAAGUUGGUCCCUGAAGUGUCGUCUGUCAAGCGUUCACAAGCUAACGCUGCGGCUACCUCAGCGGAUACUGUCAACAGGUUUGUCUACUUCAACAGGAUGAACUUGGCUACCAAGAGUACAAUACAUUGUAACGGAAAACUGAGUUCUGACGUCACUGUUAGCCCUCAGGUCCUCCGGCUGUUGGCUGAGAUCAACGCUCAGCACGCAAGGUUGUCAGCGGCUGGUAGUUCAUCAGCGGAAACAAUUGUGAAAACGACGAUGGACCAUUGGGUAGUGGGAAAACUGUCCAACGCUAGGGAGUUUUUUGUGGUGAUCCAACAGAAAAAUGCAAACCUCAUUGAAAUCAGUGAUGAAGUGAAAAGAAUCAGUGAAAACGAGUUGAAAAAUAUAUACUUCAACGUCUAGUCAGCGUAAUUUUUAUGAGUUUUAAUUUCUUGUCUUUCCCUUUUAUAACAAGUGUUCAAUAAGGCUAUUUAGUUUAUUUAAAAAGUUAUUAAUGAAAGAAUACUUUUUAAAUAUCACACAAUAUUAAAUGGCUUAAACUGAGAUAAGACACCACAUAAUGCAGGGUAAAAUGGUAAAAGACAUUUUUAGAAUUGUUUUAGUUUGGAAGUCUGCUGUGAGAAAGUACUGGUUUAAGGUAUAUUUGUACUUUUUGAUAGAAUGUUAAUGUUAGAUACAUACAAUACUAGAAAUAAUUCCUAGAUUAAACAUGCUCCCUUAUAAAUUUUUAACCCUAAGAAUCAACUAAAGACAAUUGUAAUGUAGGUUUUGUCCUUGUAAAUGUUACAUUUUUCCUUCUUAACUAUCAAUAUAUCACCAGAUUUAAAAUUAGGAAAAAAACAAAGUAAAUAUAUUUGUUGGCUAUCACUUACCCCUGGUAAUACAAUCAAAGAAAAAGCACUUGCAUAAAAUUUGUACAGAAAUAAGAGAAAAACAUUCAAGGUAACCCGGACAUGUAUAUAGUACGCAAAACACUCGCUAAAUAGAAGUCAGCUGGCUUAGGAUUUUGGAAAUCCUGAAAUAAUAAAAUUACUAUUAUUGAAAUCCGUCCCAAAUUGACUGUUAUCUCAAAGAGAGGCUGAAAUAAAGUCAUAAGACCUAUUGCUGGAUCUGAGUCAGUAACAAAGCUACUCAGAUCACCUCACACCAAAGUUCUAUACUCAUCCUUCACCCAUACUUGGUUUGAAAUACACACCUUGGUGGCGUCCCCAUCUUAAUUAAUUUAUAAUUGAUAAUGGAUGAAUAUAGUCGAUAAUAAUAUUUUGUGUUUUUUUUAUUUCUCUGAUUUUGGUGCAGUGACCCUUUAUUAAGAGUCCUUGGAGGAUAGCGGACAUCUUGGAUGAUUUCAAACAACUGCUAAAUAGUUAAUUACAAUCCAAAAAUAGUUUUUCAAACACCAAAGUAAUCAUAAUUUAAAUAUCUUGUAUACUAUGAGAUUAAAAAUUGUCUUUGUUGUUUUGAAUUGAUUUCCAAGGGAGAUCAUGGAAGCCAGCGGCCAUCUUGGAAUUCCCCCUAUAAGAGCAAUGUUAAUUUUCUUAUUACUAAACAGAUGCUGAAGAGCUAUUUACCGUCUCAAAAUAUUUGUUCUUCAAAUACCAAAGUGAUUCUAAUUUAAAUAUCUAGUAUACUGAGACAUUUAAAAAACUUUGUAUUUUUUAAAUUGUUUUAUGAGUUAAAACGUCUAGACUCCAAGGACUCUUAACCUUCAGUGAAAAAGUAAAAUGGCCCUGGGUCUAGGUCCUAUCAAGCCACCUACGGUAAUAUCUACUUCAUAAUAGGAAAAUUUGCCAAAAAUCAUAAACCAGAAUAUUUUUGUAAUAUACGGUAGAGUAAAAUAAAAACUAUUACUUGUCAGAAAAAUAUAGAACUGUCAUUAAUGAUAUGCAAUAAUAAUAGACAUUAAGCCAAACUUGUCUCAAUGCAGCAAAAUAAAAUUAGACUUGUGCUUCCGCAAUUGAAUAAAAAAAGGCAAUAACAGAGACUUUGUAUAGGCCUAUAAUAAUAACAACCUUUAAAAAAAAACUCUCAUGGGCUUAUUUUAAAUUUUAAAACGCCAACAGUAGUUGUAUACAAAAAUACAAUGGGGUCAAGUGGCUAAUGUGGACUGUAUUGGUGGAAAAUGUAAAACAAUACUUAAUUUAGUACAAUUUUUGGAUACAAUUCAUAAAUGGAAGUGAGCAACUUUGUACCACAACACUAACUAGCAGUUUUCAACACAAAAUGGAGGACAAAAAUAUGUUGACUGCUAGCAAACUUUGCCAAACAAGUUAGGGAAUCCUUUUUCUGCAUUCCAGUCCUUACAUAUUGCUUCCUAACUGGUAUCUUCUUUCAUCACCUACGAUAAGGUAGCUAUCUAUUACCACAGUACAGCUCGUGACACAUAAGCUGGCACUUGGGCUCGGUGUGGGUUGUUUUGACGAGAGGUUGGAGAUAAAGAAAAGGCUGAACUGCAAACAUUUCCGCUGACUCAAGGGGUGUAUGUCCGUGUUUCUUGUACUUGAGCACCUUAACAAUGGGUCGCAAGGACAGUUGACGCAUCCCGAAUGAUGGCACAUAAUGUUUUUGAGCGACGGUCAAGUGCCAGCUUCCAUUUCACAAGCUGUACCAUGUCUUUUUAAUAUAAAAUGUUAUAAUAGAUUUUUGUAAAUAAUGUACAUACUAAUGUUAAUGAUUCAACCAAUUAACUUGGGUACAUAAUACUAUAUAUACUUGUACUGAAUGUUGUCAUUAUUGUUUAAAUCCUGUUAAUAUACCAAAAUUGUACAUAAUAUAUCUCUAGUAACUAUGUUUUACUUUAAUUAUCAAUGUUAGACUUUAUAAAUCAGGUUAACAUGUAACUUGGUAUGGGAUUUUAAAUUGUAUACUUAUACUUGUUUCUUAAUGGUUAUAUUAGAGUCUUGAUGAUGACCUAAUGCUGCCGUGGACAGGUUAAGUGGAAAGAUAAGAUAAUAUUGAAAACAUGUUUUAAAACCAUUGUAAACAUUAUUAGAAUCAUCAGAUUAUAACAUUUAUCCAAUGCCAGUUGUUAUGUUCAAAGGCUUAAGAGUCCUAACUCGUAAAGAACUACAAAGAAAAUCCCUAAUCUCACAGUUUACUAGAUAUUUAAAUUACAAUCACUCUAGUGUUUGAAAACCUUAUUUCGAGAUGGUAAAUAACUCUUCAGCGAUGGUUUGAAAUUAACAAAAUUAACAUUCCACUUAUGGCGGGCAAAUCUAAGAUGGCCGCUAGCCUCCAAGGACUCUUAACAUGCAUCUUCUAUUGAAACCAGUAACAUUUUAUAAUUUAUAUUUUGUUGAUACCAUCAUCACAAUUUUUUUUACAACUUACAAAAAAAUCACUUCUGUAUCUGUCAAAUAUAAGUAUAAUGUUAUGGAUUUCACUCAGUCACAGGUCUUAUUUCAUCCGAAAAAUGAGACGUGAGGAUUAUCAAAUUAGCAUGCAGGUAGGAGAAAUGAGUGGCUGCCGGCUGUGAUGAGCCCUAGUAGCGUGCGCAAUUAAUUAAAUGUUAGUUGAUAUCAAUGAUAUCCGUGACAAUACGUCUUUGUAUGAGAAAUGUUUCUAUACUAACACAAUCCAAAUAAGCUUUUAAUUUUUUUUCUAGCGUGUACCGUUUCUUAGAAAAAGUUAGUUUACACAAUUAACAGCAAAAACUUUCUGGGCGAAAGAAAAAAGCUACAAAUUAAUUUACCAUAUAUGUAUGUAUAUCGUAUCGUAUUAAAGUUUGAUAAAGUUCUGGCGUUUGGUUUACAAUGUACGAAUUUUCAAAGUCACAAGAUAGUUUCUGAAAUUCUUUAUACAAAUCUCUCCUUUAUAUUCUGACUGUCAUAUUAAUUUUGGUGAAAGAGCUAACAAAUAUUAAUUUUUAGAUGAAUACAAAGAAUAAAACGAAGACAAUUUUUAUGUACUCCAUGUUUUUCUAAUUAGUUUAGUAACUUUUCUGUAAAGCUCCAAACUUAACGGUAUUACAAGUGAGGUUGUAGGCAGAAUCUGCCCGCAUGACGCAACGUGGCACGGCGGGUAGCCCCUAUAGUACAAUUUAAAUUACAACCAAACUACACCAGCUAAAAAUAAAAAAAUAAAAUGUGAUCUAAAAAAUUCAACUCUUUAGCUACAAAAUCCACCACUUUAACUUUUCUGACCAAAUAAUAAAACAAUAGUAGCCGACGAACUUUUUCAUGUCAUAUUUUAAAACUCAUUUAGUAGUACAGACCUUAUUUGAAGAUUUUAAAUACAAAAUAUUAACUCUUAAGCUUUUAAUAAUAAGAACCAAUGGUGUCCUAGACUUAUUGACAUCUCUCAUACAAAGUUUCAAUGAUUUACCUUUAGUCUAAGUAGGCUAAAUGUCGAGUUAUUUUAAAGCAGAACAUUGAGCUUUGGUGCCGUUUUCAUCGGCAUCUAGCGCUUCUAUCCUAAAGUAAGGUGGCGGACCUGGCUUUAGCUUCUUGAAUGUUAGAUAGGCGUGCUCCAUCUAUUGGUCUUGCGAUUGUUGGUUCAGACAAUACAAAAUGACUGGUGACCAAAAAUUGGGUAAUUGAGACUUAAACUGUACUUUAAAAUUGUCAAUACAUCUUAAAUUAUAUUUAUAUAGUGUCCUAACAAACCAAGAUUUACAUUUUUGGCCUUGCACUUAUAUCUUUAUGCUUACUAAUAAAUAGAGUGAAAAAGAUUGACAUGUAAAACAAAUCAAUUUUAAAUUAAGUAGUUUUAAUGUUAAAUUACUCUUUCUUUAAAUUUCAAUUUCAUUUUAGUUUAAAAUGUUUCCAUGAUUUAAUGCUCAGUGUAU